GGUCACGAGGAGCGCUGCGGGCCUUGCUUCGCAACCAACCGAUGGGCCUGGUUUCCGUGUGGAGAGGCGGGAGUUCCCAGAGCCUCCGCCGUGGUUGUGGAAGAGGAACACCGCGGUUCGGCCCGUCUCCACUGCUGUCGCCAGCCAGCUCGCCGAGGCUGUGAGUGCGCGGAUUGUGAGGAGAAGACGGACUCGUGAAGCGGCCCGACUUCCAGCUCAACCGCGCAGUCGGAUUUGACGAAAUUUGCGUCUCCGAGCCACCGAAAAACAACGAGUCGAAACUUCUCCCCUCUCGGGCGGUUUGCGGCCGGAAAGCCCGUUCCGCCUCCGGGGAAGAGUGGGAGGCGUCCCGUCCGACAGAGAGCGGUGGCGAGUCGCCGUCGUCUUGGAGCCCGAGCGGCACGGGGAGUGGUGGAGCGAGUCGACGGCUCACUCAGUGACGAAGACACUUCUCCCUGGGGGAUCAGGAAGCGGACGGCUCAUGACUUCUGACCAGGACACGAAAGUUGUAGCUGAACCACAGGUGCAGCAGGUCCAGGAAGCCAAAGACAGCAGUCACUUGGAAUGCGCCAAGGUUUCUGAUCUGAACCCAAAUGCCAAAGUAUGGUCCAGUCACGUGCUGAAUUUGGACACACCCGGGACUGAUGCUGCCACUGCUGUGAAGACUUGGAAGGAAGCCUCCAAGAGCCCGAGCAACCCUUUUCAGGCUGGGCAUGAGGCAGGUGAGGACGACAGCAAGCUGCGUGAGGAGCCCCUGUCCCCAGACUCCCAGGAGCCUCCUACUGACAUCCUGGAAGAUCCCACCCAGAUGGCUGCCAUCCUUCCCGAGUGCCAGGACUCCAUUUACGGCCAUUUUGAGCCCAGCCACGGACACGUCCCCACUGCUGUCAGCGGUCCCCAUCAGGAGAACCAGCAGGAGGACCUGUGGGAGCAGUUAAAGAAGACCCUGGAGUUCUGCUUAUCCCGUGAGAACCUUGCCAGCGACAUGUACCUCAUCUCUCAGAUGGACAGCGACCAGUAUGUGCCAAUUAUGACCGUAGCAAACCUGGACCAGGUCAAGAAGCUCAGCACUGACACGGACUUGAUCGUUGAAGUUUUGAGGUCUUUGCCUCUGGUCCAAGUGGACGAAAAGGGCGAGAAGGUGCGGCCCAACCAGAACCGCUGCAUCGUCAUCCUCAGAGAAGUCCCCGAGUCAACGCCGAUGGAGGAGGUGGAGGCUCUUUUCAAGGGCGAAAACUUGCCUAAAUUCAUAAACUGUGAGUUUGCCUACAACGACAACUGGUUCAUAACCUUUGAAUCAGAAGCUGACGCACAACAGGCAUAUCGGUAUCUUCGUGAAGAAGUGAAAACCUUUCAAGGGAAACCUAUUAAGGCACGGAUAAAGGCAAAGGCAAUCGCCAUCAACACCUUCCUGCCGAAGAAUGGCUACCGACCAACGGACACGAACCCCUUCGCUCAGCAGCGCUACACGUCCUUCUACGUGCCCCCUGUGUAUAGCCCCCAGCAGCAGUUUCCACUCUACAGCCUGAUUGCCCCCCAGGCCUGGACAGGAACACCCGGGUUCAUAGAGCCCACACUGGUGACACCUUUCCAUAAUGCUGGAUUCAUCAAUGGAUUCACUACAUCUCACACAUUCAAGCCUGCUACAUCACCUCUCACUAUCAGACAGUAUACCCCCAGAACCAGGAAUCACACCAAACCGCACUCACGACCUUUGCUGGGCACAAUGGAUCGCUGCACUGGGCUUCUUGACAGUCCUGCCAUCUUCAGUUUCCCUGGAGAGCGAGUGCUAAACGGCGUACGUGGCCCACAGGCCCGGCCGCCCCUCCAAAGUCGAGCACGCCUUCAGGCGGGGCUGGGAUAUCCACGGCGAGAUGUGGGCACAGGCCGCGUGGAACCUGCCACCACAGACUACUCAAUGGGUGUAGGCCUGGGGCUGGGCAGGGGAAGGAAAAAUAUUUACGGAUAUAGGAAAAAGAGGGAUGAAAAAUUUACAAGAGUCCCUACAUCACCCCCACCCCAGAAGCCUCCCUCCCCAAGCUUUGAGUUGGGACUCUCCAAUUUCCCACCACUGCCUGGGGCAGCAGGACAUCUCAAGGUUGAGGAGGCCUUGGAAGGCAGGCUGUCCAGUCUGGUGGUGAGCAACACCAAGGACAAGUUCCAGAACCUGAACGUUGAUGCCAGCACCAACACUGUUCCCUUGGGUAUCCCCAAGGAGCCUACAGAGAUGGUUUCCCCACCCCUGCCGUUGAGCCUCCAGCCUCCACCUUCUCCUCCACGUUCUCCCAAUGAGCCCACAACACCAGACCCCAAGGUCCCUCUGGAGCGACCAGCUGCCUCUCUCACUUCUGCCAGCAAGUCAGUCCAAGUCAAUGGUGCUGCCACAGAGCUUCGGAAGCCCAGCUAUGCGGAAAUUUGCCAGCGGAUAAAGGAGACUCCGUCACUACAGGCUCAGAAAGAUGCCAAGGUGCCUGGUGGGGGUGCUUCCCCUAUCCCUGCCAGCGACGACAGAAAAUGCCCCGACACGCUUGGCGACAAGGCCGAAUCCGCAAAGUCCCUCCCAGCUCGGUCCAGAGACGGGAGGAAGCCAGUGGGUCCGAGGCCUUCCCCUCCUCCUGCUCCUGCUCAAGGGAGUGACAGAGUCCCAACAAAGAGCUCCCUCCACCCUCAGAAGUCCCCACAGUAACCGCUCCAGAAAACGUGUCGGGGUUGUCAAAUGUGUCACAGAGCGGCCAGUUUGCAGUAAAAGUGGGAUCACUGGACCAGGACUUGCAGACAGAGGCACCUUUGUGUGUAGCGCAAGUUCAUCAUACCCACUAUUUAUUUUGCCUCUUCAUCAUUACUUCUCUAUUCUCUUGUCAGGAGCCUUUCUCUGUCACAGCCAAGCAGGCCUUUGCUGGUUUUCUUCAGGCUCUUUGGUCCUGGAGGUGAAAACUGGCUUUACUGGCCUCCAGGCUGCAGAGGGAGCUACUCCCAUUUUAUUUGAGGAGACAAGUAAGCUACAAAAAGUGUGCAGGUUUAACCAGAGCUGAACCAGGAGUUUUCCUGUGUUUUUGUGAUUUAUUUGGUCCAAAUUUGAUUCUGGUUUGUUGCAUUUCAGUAGAACAGCCUGUAAACCCAUUUGUUUUAUAUGGCUUUUAAAAGCUUAGUUUAUCAUUACACUAGAUUUUUCUGACUUGGUUGGAAUAACUGGCUUUUCUUUUUUUAAUAGUUUGGCUGUAAAUUCCUGAAUCCUUUCUCUCAACAAAAAAAUCUUUUUAACACCACCAUGUGGAACUUUGGUUGUACGGUUUUUUUUGGACUUUUGGAAUCACUUGUACAAGUGCUAAUUUAUGUUUUCUGGUUGUUUUUAGGGUGUCGUGGAAAGAGUUUUGGUUACCCUUCAUAAAUUUAGAAAAUAUUAAAAUGCAAAGCUAGUGUGGUGUUGAAGAGGCUGUUCCGCGUGAGUGGAAAUGUGUUCCUUUUGUGAGCAGAUAGUGAUUAAGUGAUCAUCUUGUCAGUCAGCAUCUGCAGACUUGGUUAUCUCCCUGACAGCAGGGUGUGUUUGGGGUACAGACACUAUCGGCAGCAAUAAACAUGAAUGAUUUGCUUUCUGUAGAACUGGAAGGUUUAUCUUGCUGCGGGGUUUUUUUUUUUUUUUUUAAACAUGCAGGACAUUUUGUUAGCCUUUCAUUUAGUCUUGGUGCUAGUGGUUGACUCUGAGGAUCGUUCCUUUCGUUGGUCUUGUACUGUAUUUAGAGAUACCGAUCUCUUAUCUUGUGCACUAUUUAAUUUCAAGAGAAAUUGGUUAAUUUCUGGUGUAACUUCAACAGUUUCUUCCAGUGCAAAAAGGGAACCUGAUUGGCCGACAGUUGUGAAAUAUGCUUGGUAAUGUCCAUCCAGCUCCAAAGCCCUUCGCAGGGAAACCUGUCUGCUGCGACUUCUUGAUAUGAAGUGCAAAAGCAGGUUAUUUCGAUCAUCAGUACAAUUGCUUGACUCCUUAUUGUACCUUCUAACAGCCAGUUUAACAAAAGUCAAUGGAGAAGUAACCAUACUGACACUGGCGCUUCGUGGAACUCUCCGUGAUGGGAACAGUCAUAAUUGUCUGCUUGAGGUUAUAGGGAUUUUUUUCCCCCUUCUGUGGAUUGGGGUGGUUAUUCAGCUUGUACGUUUAUAAUCCUGAUGCGUUGCUCUAGAUCCUCGAUUCCAGAUUUGUUUUGUGCUCUGGAGGUGCAUCAUGCAGAAGAACAGACCCGUGUGAUUGUUCACGCUGGUUUUUUGUCUUCGCUUUUUUCUGAGUAUUUCCUGUGGUGGCAACGUGAGCGUACUACAGUGGUAACUUGCGGUUAUCGGCCGUGCUUGAAAUUCCCCAGAGCUUUCCUGGAAAAUGUUGGCAUGUUGAAGUCCUUCUUCCCACUACGCAGCGGAGGAUCAGUUUGUGGAGCCAUUUGAAAAUUUCUCAUGCGUUGUUUGACUCACUGUGGAAUGUCGCCCUUCAGUGGAUCGUAGAGCGAGAGCUUGGCUUCUUGUCCGGGAUGAUGAUGAUGCAGUUUAGCCUGGCCAAGGGGAUUCUUCACUGUGGGUUUGUUGGUUCGAAUAACCCGCUUUGUCCUUGUACCCCAGACCCCCUAACUCUGUGCUCCGUUCACAAGUGCUCCUCUCUGGACAUUUGUGAUUUAUCUUGUAUCGCCAACGUCUUCCCGCAUGCAGGAGUAGGGAGGACUCUGGAGAGCAACAACGGCCAUGAGGGCCGGAGCUCAUCAGCCGUCCUUUCUUCUCAUCAGCCGCCUGGCUUUUAGUGGCGUUUCCUUUGAUCAGUUUCUUGUUUGUAUUUAAAAUUUGAAGGACUGAAAUGCACUAGGGGAAGCAGCCUAACUGCAACUAAUUAUUUUUAUGGUGUCGUUCACACCAUCGUGCACCACAAACAUUUUCAAACCAAUGCUGUUUAUUCCACAAAGAUAUAUCAUUUAAAAUGGUUUUCUUUCAGAGGAAACAUGAAUAUAUAUAUAUGUAAAAAUAUAUAUAAUUUCCAUCCAGUGUUUGAAAACUUGAAUUUUAUUUAAACUUGAAGAUGACUUUGCCUUAACUUUUUUAUAUGACAGCGUAGUUUGCUUUUGAACCCCAAACGGGUUAAAGAGAGCGACACACAGGAAAACUCGGUGACAUGUCACCAGUCUCACUUGGCCUAGAAAAAAAUAUAUAAAUCUAG